AUGGAGAAACAACUUGAGACAGCUGAGGCGGCAAAGGAGGACGACGAGCAGGGCCGAGAAGGGCCAGCAGCCCUGAGGAGGAGAGGUUCUCCUCGGGGAACGAGGGGGCUUCACGCCCCACACUGCAGCAGGAGGGCCAGGGCCGGGGAGGAGAGGUUCUCCUCGGGGAACGAGGGGGCUUCACGCCCCACACUGCAGCAGGAGGGCCAGGGCCGGGGAGGAGAGGUUCUCCUCGGGGAACGAGGGGGCUUCACGCCCCACACUGCAGCAGGAGGGCCAGGGCCGGGGAGGAGAGGUUCUCCUCGGGGAACGAGGGGGCUUCACGCCCCACACUGCAGCAGGAGGGCCAGGGCCGGGGAGGAGAGGUUCUCCUCGGGGAACGAGGGGGCUUCACGCCCCACACUGCAGCAGGAGGGCCAGGGCCGGGGAGGAGAGGUUCUCCUCGGGGAACGAGGGGGCUUCACGCCCCACACUGCAGCAGGAGGGCCAGGGCCGGGGAGGAGAGGUUCUCCUCGGGGAACGAGGGGGCUUCACGCCCCACACUGCAGCAGGAGGGCCAGGGCCGGGGAGGAGAGGUUCUCCUCGGGGAACGAGGGGGCUUCACGCCCCACACUGCAGCAGGAGGGCCAGGGCCGGGGAGGAGAGGUUCUCCUCGGGGAACGAGGGGGCUUCACGCCCCACACUGCACAAAAAGAAACGAAGUUGGCGCAUGUGUCCCUGCAACCUCCAGGCCGGAGUGCAGCUCUUGGAGCAUUUGCUCCUCCCAAGGGGCCAACGUGGCAGAUUUCAAGAAACAACCGACAGAGGCGACAUCACAGAAGCCCAGAAGACGUGAAAGGAGCCAACGACACAGGCACACAAGAUUUCAAGAAACAACCGACAGAGGCGACAUCACAGAAGCCCAGAAGACGUGAAAGGAGCCAACGACACAGACACACAAGAAGAAACAGAGUCGGCGCAUGUGUCCCUACAUCCUCCAGGCCGGAGUGCAGAUCUUGGAGCAUUUGUUCCUCCCCAGGGGCCAACGUGGCAGAACCCUGCGAGGCAAACCGGGCCAGAAGAAACGAAGUUGGCGCAUGUGUCCCUGCAACCUCCAGGCCGGAGUGCAGCUCUUGGAGCAUUUGCUCCUCCCAAGGGGCCAACGUGGCAGAUUUCAAGAAACAACCGACAGAGGCGACAUCACAGAAGCCCAGAAGACGUGAAAGGAGCCAACGACACAGACACACAAGAUUUCAAGAAACAAUCGACAGAAGCAACAUCACAGAAGCCAAGAAGACGUGGAAGGAGCCAAAGACACAGACACACAGGAUUUCAAAAACAGACCAGUGGAGGCGACAAGAGACAAGCCAUGCCAAGCAAAACUGCAUUACCCUUUUAGGUCUUGUUUUCAGAAGAUUAGUCUCAAAACCAGUGGCUGGCUGCUGCAAAUAGAGGCUUCAAGCGUGAGCUGAUUUUAUCCUUGGUCCUGUGAGGUAAAUUAGCCUGGAAUAUUCUGUGCUGGCUUCAAGGGUUCAUGCCUAAAAAAUAAGAAUACGUUUGUUUAAAUUGUUUGUAUCCUGCCUAUUGAAGAGCCUUAAACAACCAUCUCUUCAGCCUGGAUUUUAAUGAUAUCUUGUUUUAAUCUUAAUUUUAAUUAGAUUUAAUCUGGUUUAAAUGUUUUUUGAUUUUAAUUGUUUUAUUCUGUGUGUUUUAUUUUAUUUUAAUGUAAACCAGCCUGAGCCAAUGAAUGAAUGAAUGAAUGAAAUAAUAAAUAUUCAACAAAAUGCUAUUCAGGGCCUCUUACCCUCUCUUAAAUUAAAACAACCCCCCCCCACUAAAUGCAAAACAACAACAAAACCCACUAUUAAAUGCAAGCCCCCACACUACUAAAUUUAAAAAAAAACACUACUAAAUGCAACAACCCCCCCAAAGCCCACUACUAAAUGGGGAAAAAAACCACCACUAAAUGCACACACUCCGCUAAUAAAUGCAAAAAAGAUUCACUACUAAAUGCAAUAAAACUGAAGAUAAAAUAGACAAGAAAAAAGAGCAUUCACAACUAAAAACUGAGUAUUCUAAACAGGAGUAAAAAAAAAUAACCACCAUUGGCUCUGUUCACCAGCCAUUCUCAUUGAGCUCUGUUGGUACAUUACUCGUCAGGUUUUUUCACCCGUCAGGCAUCCUUUUUCACUUGUGACAGAUGGGUAGACUAGUGGAUUUUCUGAGCCCUGAUUCUAAACCUGGAUUGGAGAAAAAUGAAAUUUUUCUUGGUGCAGAUCUCCUGACCUAGCUGCUUUGCCAUGUUGACUUGUAUGCAGUGCCAUGUGGAUUGUGGAUAAAUCCCUACAAAGGAGGAUAUUGCAAGAAAUCGGAAAUUUAUAAAAGUGGCUACUGUCAGAGAGAGACUUGUGCAGACAGGUUGAAAGUUGCUCUUACAAUAAGUGAUGUAGGGACAUAGGAGCUGAAGUCCUAUGGUCAGGGUGAAGUGCUGGUAACCUCUCCCCUGUAGCCUCCAAAGAAAGAGGAGAACUUUCUGCAACUGGAAGAAAAAAGAUGAAGUCUGAAGAAAAGAUUCACUGUGGAAGGAGCGGUCCGCUUGCCAUGGACUGUGAUGCUUUCUUGCUCCACGUUAUUGAUAGCCAGUUUAAUUUAUUCUUACCUUUAAAUUGUUGUUCUGUAUGUGA